AUGGCACCCAAAGGUCUUGCAAUCUUGAUUGGCGCUGGGCCGACUUCAGGCGCGGGUAUUGCCCGUGUACUUGCCAGCCCACAGCACGGCAACCUCGCAGUUGCACUGCUAGCCCGCAAUGCGGACAACCUCCAGAACCUUGCCUCUGAUCUGAGAAAAUCGUCUAAUGGCAUUCUACACCCCUUCCCGACGGACACUCAGCCGGACAAUCUCAAGCGUGCCUUUCAGCAAAUCGCCGAUCACCCGGACUUCAAGGAUCUCAAGCUGAAGCUUGCAAUUUACCAUGUCAAAAACUCGAGCCGAAAACCAUUUCUGGAAGAGACGGCUGAAGCAUUCAACGAUAGCAUGAGUAUCUACACUACGGGUGCCGUUGUUUUCGCUCAGGAGGCGAUGAAGCUCAUGUACGCUCAGAACGGCGGCCAGACGUUGCUUGCCGACACGAAUGGCGAAAAGAAGGGCACCAUCAUCUUCACGGGCACUCUCGGGGCCAUGCGCACGAACCAGCAAUAUGCUGCUUACGGUGCUUCUCGUGCGGCGGCGAGGAUGGUGGCACAGGCUAUCGCAAAGGAGCACAGCAAGUUUGGUGUUCACUGUAUCCAUGCUAUCGCCAAUGGCGGGAUCAUUGAUGAGGUCAACGAAGACACAAAGACCGGCAAGAGAAUGAAGGCGGAAGAUGUUGGUGAACUGUACCUAUGGCUGUCACAGCAGCCAAGUUCUCUCUGGACGCAUGAGUUGGACAUGAGACCGGCGCAAGAGACCUUCUAG